GGCCUUUCUGUCCUGUCGGUUUCAAGGUCGGUCGAUGGUCGGUGAGAGCAAGGUCUUCAAGCGCACGCGGCUCGGCGUCGUGCUCCCCAACCUCCCUGAGCCAGUCGUUCUCGAGCGUGGGAAGCCCCUCGACGUGCUCCAGACCGAGCUCGACGACCACCAGCGCAAGGAGCUCGACACAAUCCUGCGCAACCUCCAGCGUCGACUCGACCAUGCGCUGGUUUCUCUACCGACGUCGCCGCCGCUGCCUCGUCUACGGGGCGACGACGAUAGCAGCGAGGUGCAGUUUCCGUGGAGCACUGCGGGCGUCGAGCGCAAGAUCGCGGAUGCGGUCGCCGCCGAGUCAGACCCCGACCACCCACUCACGCCUUUGGACACGUUGACCAUCGCGCUGGAAGUCGUUCAAGCGUGCUUCAAUGAGGACGAGGACGACGACCGGUUCCACGCGGGCUGGACCAAGCUGCUUGCAGGCCUUCUCGACCGCAUCGAGGCGAUGCUGGUGCGCAAGGCCGCCAAAGACCGGACACACAUCGCGUCCUUCGUCGCUGCCAUCGGUCCCGAGCAGGCGCCGAGCGCGCCGUCUCCACGGGCGCAGCUCCGAGAGCUCAAGCUCGCCCUCACGUCGCCACGGCAUCGCUGCAGCAAACCACCAUCGCUCGCAUUUGAGCUCACUGACAAGGCUGCGUACGACGCCCGCGCCAACGCCCGUCGCCUCGAGCUGCCCAAGGUUGCGCCCGAUAAUUCGUACCGGCAUGUUCGCCGGUGCCGCGCCUUUCCGCUGACCCGCGUGGCUAAAGACGAAGUCAUCCAGCGCAUCUACAACUACUGCCCCGUCGAGUCGCGCUUCGACUUGCGCUCUGUCUCGCUGAAUCUGCAGACGCUGGACACGGCCAAGCCCUGGACCGUCAUUGAAUUCCCCAAGGCGCGGCCACCGCUCUCGAAAGACCAAGUGAAUUACCUUUUGCAGUGGCAGCGCCUGCGGUACGAGAAGCUCUGCGCCGCGCAGGCAAAUGAAACCGAGUGCCACGCCAAGCUCACGCUGACGCUCGACUACGCCGACGCGGUCGUCUACGAGCUCUCGCGGCUCGUCUUUGACAAGUGCCCGACGUCAAGUCACUUUAUCUACGGCCUUUGGCACGGCGUCUCGAGCAUGAUGGCGUCGAUCAACAAGACGAUCGAAGACGAGAUCGUCGUGCUCAGCCAGACGCUCAAGACGCUCAAAGUGGAAGUGGACCAGCUCGAGCGACGCCACGCGCAGCAGCGUGCGACCAUGGAGGUCCUCCACGAAAAGCUGCAGCACAAACACAAGAUUGUGGCGGCCGAGAAAGACCUUGGCAUUCGGCUCCGGAACGACCUCAACAAGUAUCUGGCCGCCGACCAGAUCCUCGUGCGUCUGACAAGCCAGUUCGUCCAGACCGUGCUUGAAGCGUUCCCAGACCAGCCGCGUGCCGUGCCUCGCUUCUGCACUGGCAUCGAGGUCGUCGAAGAGCUUCGCCGGUCGCUGGACGCCAAGUUUAGCGUCGCUCCGAGCACCGCCUUUGUGCGGAUGUUUGCAUCUGCGUUGGCGCCCACCGAGGACGCCGCGACACACCACGGCCACAGCAUUCUCUCGAGCUUCGAAGCCAGUGCCGUGCGGAAGGAGCUCGAAGCGACGCUCAAGCGCCUCGCCCUCCUCACCACGCUGAGCAGUCCCGACUGCGCGCUCGGGUGGGAUCCGCAAGACGUAUGGCAGCACGCGUUCUUCAUUCCUCCGAUACAAGAACUGUUGGAGAUGGAAAGUCAGCUGCAAGAGCUCAUUGCGGCGGUCGAGGGCCAUACGAGUGCGCCGGCGCGCCGACGCUGCAGUCGCAGUGCCCAAACAGAGGCUCCGCUCAUGGCGCAGCGCCCCCGCGGUGGGCAUCCUCACAUGAAGCAAGCCGCGCGCAUGGCGGCCACCGCGCACGUGGUGGUGCGCUCGUUGGAGCAUACGCCCAACAUGCGCCUUGGCGAGCUCAAGCGGACAGUGCCAACGUCGUUCCAGCACUGCGUCCAGCACCUGCGGGCCGAGUAUGUGCCGUACAACUACACGGUGCCCGCGACGCAUCGAACUCUCUCGUUCGUCAUCAACGAGAUUGUUUUGCAGCUUUCGAGCGGCGCCCUUGACGGCAGCAAAGCCCAGGCGCCCAAGGAGCUCCUCGCCUUGUCGCCACAAGACUUUGUGUACCGCAUCUACCUCGAGCGCUUCCGCGUGCCACGCUUUGCGAACGAGCGGCUCGUCGACUUAUUAACGAGUCUUGCGCACCUCGACACGCAGAGCGAGAAGAUUCAUCUCUGGAGCCGCCUCUUGGGUCUUCCGGGCGUCGACGCGCUCCCGCCAAUGGCGUUUUGGUUUGUCGUACACGCGCUGCACGUGCUCGCCAAAGUGUCGCACGACGGCUACUACCUCGUCGAGAGCGACGGCGGCGAGUUUGUCGGCCAGCAGCAAGCGUUUGACGCGAUCAACAGCGUGCUGAUGCAUUUUACCCCCGACAUCGUGUCUCGCGCUAAAGGCAGAGUGGUGAGCUUGACGCAGAUCUAUGGCACCAUGUGGAUGCCUCUGUAUGCCGUGCUGGCCAUUUGCGUCGACGAGUGGGAAGCGCGGUACGUUAGCACCAAGCUGCUCAUCGAGACGAGCUUUGGGCAAGCGGCGCUGGCCGUCGACUCGUUCGAGACGUUUCGGUCCAUCGUCGCCGGCUUCAACGCGCGCGCCCACCCUUAUGCUGUCGCCAGCGCGUACCAGUCGGCACUGCGGGUGGCGGCGCGGCCCAAGCCACUGCACUGCAGCGCGGCUUGCUUGGAGCAAAGCGUUGUACCCGCCGAAGCGAGCGCUCUCUUCGACAAAACGCUGCUUUGGUUUGCCGCGCCUGGCGACGGCGCACUUCUCCAGCAAGCCAACCUGGCGUAUACACUCCUCAAGAACGUGUGGGCGGCCUCGAGCCACGAGAUUGUGACCGGCAUCGAGCACCAAACGCACGUUGACAGCACCGCGGGCUUGCGCCUUGUGACGCCGCUCGAAACUAUCCUGCGCGACGAGCCGCUGCAGGGCACGCACGCGUGGCACCUCUUCCACGAACUCCUCCACGUCGCCCACACCCCCGACGUCCUCGUCUAGUGUAAAUAAAAGUUCAUUACUAAUGAACUUAUAUUUCCUUGAG